AUGAAACCAUCAUCAUCAACAAUUACAAUUGAAAACAAAACAGAACAAGCAGAUACAACCAAUAAACAAACGAAAACAAUUUGUUAUGAUUGUCUCCAGGUAUUCAGUGAACAUCUAAAAACUUCACAAUAUCGUAUUAAAUCACCAGUUAGUCCAUUUCGUCGAACUCAUUCAUUGCCAACUAGAGCAAGUACAAAUUCUAAUGAAAUUCGUCAUACACGUCAUCGUCGUCGGCCAAUUCGAAUAUUUGAUUUCAAAAAUGAUACAACAACAGUAGACAAUACAUCACCUACAACUAAAUUUUAG